UUUUUCUGUUCUGCCCCCUUCUUUGACCAGAAUUGCAGACUAGAUGAAAAUUGAUAAAGGUUUCAUGGGGCUAUAUGAUUACGAGGCAGGACCAACAAUUAAACUAGAGGAUGACAUUGGUACAUUUCAAUCUGUUGUGGAACCAUGUAACGAGGGCCGUUCAUUUUUCCCUGAUGAUAAUCUCAGAGUUAGUGAUAAUUUAGUCAACAGGAAUGUUGACAUUAGUCCAUUUCAAUCUGUUAUGGAACCAACUACUGAAGCCCGUUCAUUUUUCCCUGAUCCGAAUCUGAUUAAUAAUCUCCGAGUUAGUGAUAGUUUAGUCAACAGCAAUGUUGGCAUCAGUCAAUUUCAAUCUGAUGUGGAACCAAAUACGUUAGUCCCAUCAACUGCAGAUGACUUUCACGAGGAUUAUGAUUUCAGUGAUGUGGUGCUUAAGUAUAUAAAUCAAAUGCUUAUGGAAGAGGACAUCGAAGAGAAGAAUUGCAUGUUUCAAGAGUCUGCAGCUCUUCAAGCUGCAGAAAAAUCGUUUUAUGAAGUUAUCGGAGAGCAGUAUCCUCCUCCCCUAGAUCAUGAGAAACCAUCCGGGUUAGGUCAUUAUACUACGGAACAUAGCAGCUUUUACUCUAGUGGAAAUGAUGGUAGUAAUCGCUUAUUAUGCCCGAAUUGGAUUCAUGAUCUCAGUGAGGAUGAUGUGUCACAUGUGCCUCGUGUUCCCAAGGAUGUGUACAGUUUGUCAAGCACUGUCACGGAUGUGCCUGUGGAUUCUCCUGUGAGCACACUUGGAGUUCCCGAAAUAUUUACUGACAGAGAGUCUAUUAUGCAGUUUAAGAAAGGAGUGGAGGAGGCUAGUAAGUUCCUUCCAACGGGCUAUAGCUUGCUUGCUGAUGUGAGGUAUAAUGUAGUGGGAAAGGAGCAGUAUGAAGAGAGAAAAGAUGCAGUAGUAAAGUAUGGGGAAAAACAAUCUCCUGAAAGGUCGAGAGGGAAGAAAAACGCCUUUCAUGAAUAUGCAGUAGAUUCAACAGGGCAUGUUGUUGUUGUUGCAGUAGAUUCAACGGAAGGGAGAAAUAACAAGCAGUCUGCAGUUUCUGCUGAAUCAACUGUUCGAUCAGAGAUGUUUGACAGGGUGCUGUUAUGCAGUGCAGGAAAAAAUGAAUCUGCUCUCCGUGAGACCUUGCGGGCUAUAUCAAGGCAAAAAAAUGCAUUAGAGAAUAGCCCUUUAAAGGGAUCUAAUGGUAAGAAGAAGUUACAAGGAAAGAAAAAAGGGAUUAAAAGAGAUGUAGUAGACUUGACAACACUCCUGACAAAUUGUGCACAAGCUGUUGCUGCAGGUAAUCAAAGGACAGCAAAUGAGCUUCUGAAGCAGAUCAGGCAAUGUUCUUCUCCUUUGGGUGAUGGGAUGCAGAGGCUGGCCCAUUAUUUCGCAGAUGGACUUGAAGCCCGGAUGGCUGGUUCCGGUACACAUAUUUAUAAAGCCCUUAUUACACGGCCCGUAUCAGCAUCUGAUGUAUUGAAAGCUUACCAGCUACCGCUUGCUGCCUGCCCGUUUCGGACGAUGGCUAGCUUUUUCUCGAAUAAGACAAUUAUGAAUCUAGCUGAAAAGGCUUCGACAGUACAUAUUAUAGACAUUGGCAUUAUGUACGGUUUUCAAUGGCCUGGCCUCAUACAACGUCUCUCUUCUAGAUCAGGUGGACCUCCAAAGCUUCGUAUAACCGGGAUUGAUUUUCCAAAUCCUGGUUUCCGACCAGCCGAAAGGGUUGAGGACGGGAGACGGUUAGCUAAUUAUGCUGGAGAGAGCUUCAAUGUUCCUUUCGAGUUCAAUGCUAUAGCACAGAAGUGGGAAACGGUUAAACUCGAGGAUCUUAAGAUCAAUAAGGGCGAGGUUCUUGUUGUAAACUGUCUGUACCGUUUUAAAAAUCUACUUGAUGAGACCGUGGUGGUAAAUAGUCCAAGAGAUGUUGUUCUGAAUCUUAUCAGGAGGUUGAAUCCAGAUGUUUUCAUACUGGGGAUUGUAAGUGGUGGUUAUAAUGCCCCAUUCUUUAUCUCACGAUUCCGCGAGGCUAUUUUUCACUACUCGUCGUUGUUUGAUAUGCUUGAUGCUAUUAUUCCCCGGGAAGUACACGAGAGAAUGCUGAUUGAAAAGAAUAUACUUGGGUGGGAGGCAAUGAAUGCCAUCGCAUGCGAAGGUGCUGAGAGAAUUGACAGGCCAGAAACAUACAAGCAGUGGCAAGUACGAAUUCUGAAGGCUGGUUUUCGGCAGCUUCCUUUGGAUGAGGAGAUCAUGAGAAUGACAACAGAACGGUUCAAGGUGUAUGACAAGAAUUUUAUGAUUGAUGUAGAUAGUGAAUGGCUACUGCAGGGAUGGAAGGGUCGUAUCGGAUUUGCACUUUCAACAUGGAAGGCAGCUUAUUAAAUUUGUUCAGCAGCCAUGAUAUCCCUCUGCCAAGGCCCCUUGUAAAUGAUGAGCUGAUGAAUGGUAAUCACUUCUCCAAGUGCUAAUUAUUCAUUUAUCUGGCCACUUUUUUUCUAGUGCCCUGCAAACAAAUUGUCACUUUUCUAGUGUUAAUUCGACAAGUACAAUGGUGAAUGCUAUGUUUGUAAGACUGCUUUGCUUAUAGAGGAAUGACAAAAGAAUUUUGAAGCAGCAACUGUUUCUGGUACCAUUUGUACUGUUCGACUAUCAGCACUUUUCGUUAUUCAAUAUUUGCAUCAUAGCUUUUUAUUCU